UCCUCAGACAGUUCAUCAAGUUCACCUGAAUCCUGGAAAUUCUGACAGUAAUACUUAUCAAAGUAUUAAGCAGAUGAGAAAAGCAAUGGAAAAAGAAAUAAAGAGUGAGAGAACAAGAGGAAAUGGUAGAGAGUUAGUAUUCACCCUCAUGCCAUUGUAUGCUCUUGGAGUGGGAGUGUUUGCAGCAUACAAAUUUCUUAAGAUGAAGUCACAUGAAGAAAGUCUCUCCAAAAAGGAAAAAAGCACAGAAGACAAGGCAAAGGAGACAGAGCAUCAGCAUUUAGAACUGGAGCAACAUCUAGCACAGACAGAGAAAAUGUUAAAUUCUUUAUUGACUCAGUUGGAUCCACUGUCAAACUGUGUUAAUGCUUUAGCUUGUGAGCAGAAAGAUGAAAUAAUGACACAGCUCCAAUCAAUUAGACGACUGAUGAAAGAAAGUGGAUUGGAUAAAUCAGAAAACAAGAUGAAAGAUGUCAGCCAUAUUUGUAAUGAGAAACUUGAAGAUCUCAUUCAGUCAUUUGCUGAACAUUCUCAAGAAAAAGAAAUGGAUGACAGAGAAGAUGACAGUAAUGAAGAUUCGUUUGAGGAUGUUGAUAAUGGUUACGAAAUAGAAGAGCAUGAAUUAUAUGAUGAAUGUGAAGUACAUCAGUUUGAUCCAGAUGUGGUAGAAGACCAAGAAAUGAUAAACAAAGAUGCCAUUGAAUCAGAAGAGAUGGGAUUGAGGAGACGUAAUAGAUAUGAAUGAAAUCUGCAUAUGUAAAACUUUCAAAAGCUUAUGAAUUAUUUUUUUUAUAAUAUUGUAUGCACUUUAAACUGUUUUGAAUGAAGUUAUGUGCACUGCUAUAUGCUUUAAAAAGAGAAGUGAAAUACUGCCUGUGCUUGUAUCUAUGACAGUUCUGUAUCUGACUUUAGUGGCAGCAGAAUUUCACUCAGUAUGUUUACAUAUUUUUUUCUAUUUAUUUUUCCUAUAAAAAUAUUUCUGUACUC